AUGCUCGCUGAGGCUGAAGGCGUAAGCGUCAGCGGAGCAUGGAUAAUUGAGCACGCCAAACAGCUCGCUAUCAAGCUCCGCCUCUCCCCUGAGCGGUGUCCUCGCCUCGGCCCUUCCUGGCUACGCUGCUUACAGGAUAGUUACGGCCUGAAGUGGCGCAAAGCCUUUGGAGAAUCAGACUCGGUCAACAUAGAGGCUGCUGCGGACACAGUCGAAGCAAUGUGA